AUGACUGAUGAUGAAGAAGUUAUAUAUAAUAUUCAACAACAAAUUAGACCAGGUACAAAUGUUGAUGCUGUUUUUUCAAAGGCAAGAACUGCAAAUGAUUUGUGCAUGAUUUUUGAUAGAUUAGGCAUUUCUUAUGAUGAAAAUCAAAUCAGAAAGAUGGUUGCAAAACAGGGAAUUAUAGGAUUCUUUUAUUCAAUCACAUCUAAUGCUUAA